GAAGUGCGGACGUUCUGAAGCAGUGGCGUGUGGGCCAUAGCCAGCUAUAACUGGCACUCAAAAUAUUAAAAUAUAUGCCAUUUAAAUAAUAGUUGAAAAAUAUUUUAUGUAGAUAAAAAACUGACAAUGGGAGCGAAUAACAGUACCCGUCGCGUGUCAUUUGAGUCGGACGAAAACGAGAAUAUAACGGUGGUGAAGGGCAUACGGCUUUCUGAGAAUGUCAUCAACCGCAUGAGGGAACCUUCUCCGCCUCCAAAACCCCAUCAUGCUCCCUCUCCACCACCCUCCACGGCACCUGCCUUCACUCCCCCUCCUCUCCUACGGCCAGUGCCUCCCCCCUUUGACCCAAUCACCUCUUUACCUCCACUUCCACCCCCUCCUGCACCUAUAGAACCUGUUGCAGCUCCAGCUCCUCCUCCUCCUCCACCAGCUCCAUCUGCCACAGAGACAGUCGCAGCACCAGCACCACCUCCACCCACCCCUCAACCUCCUACAGAACAGGUAGCAGCACCAAGCAUUAUUGACAUGGUCCUCCCAUCUUCAGCACCCCCAGCUGCUGCUGAUGCUGUUGCUGCUCCUGCUUUUGAGCCUGUGGCAGAACCUCCUCCUCUCGUUUCUGCUGCUGUUGAGCCGGUAAUCUUGCCUACAUCUGUCCCUCCCGCUCCACCUCCUUGCCAUACUCCUGCUGUUGUGGAAGAAAUUGCUCCGCUUGCUCCUCCUCCCCUUGUAAUUGAGCCAUCUCCUCCUCCCGUGAUUCAGUCCUUUGCUUCUCCUCCCCCGAUAGUUGAACCCAUUGCUCCUCCUCCAGUUAUUGAACCCAUUGCUACUCCUCCAGUUAUUGAACCCAUUGCUCCUCCCCCAAUUGUUGAACCCAUUGCCCCUCCCCCUGUAGUUGAACCCGUUGCUCCUCCCCCUGUAGUUGAACCCAUUGAUCCUCCUCCUGUUAUUGAACCCAUUGCUCCUCCUCCUGUAGUUGAACCCAUUGCUCCUUCGUUUGUCGCUGAACCCAUGCCACCUCCUCCUCCUGUGCACAUUGAACCCAUCCUUGCUCCCCCUCUGCCCGAAUCAGAACCCCUUUCUGCCCCCGCUGCUAUUUUUGAGCCUGCUACCAUCCUGCCACCACCUUUAAAUCCUUCAGGUGACACUUUAUCCCCGCAGCCCGCUGAGCCGCUCGCUGCUCCUUCCAUGCCUGAGUUUACUGCUCCUUGUGAACCAGUUGCACCUCCUCCUCAGCCCCCAGUGGAACCAUUAACCCCUGCUCCUGUUCCUGAGCCAGUGGUGCUGCCUGAAUUGAGUACACCUCCUCCACCACCACCUCCUCCUGCACCAGCAGUUGAUGAAGAGGCCCUGAGGAAGAAGAUCACUGCUGAGCUGCAUGAGGGCUUGGAGCUGGACAGGGCCAAGGCUGAACAAGAGCUGCAAGCCUGGCUAGAGGCAGAGAAAGCCCGCUCAGCAGCCCAAGCUCAGGCUGAAGCACAGUCCCAGGUCCAGGAUGAGGUGAGCAGGAUCCUGUCUGUGGAGCGAGCCGUGGCCCAGGAGAGCCUGCAGCAGGCCGUGUUGAGAGAGAGGAUCGUCACUGAGGACGAGAAGCUGCGCGCUCAACUCUUGGCUAAGCAGCUGGAAGCCAGAGAAGCAGACUUGAAGAAGCAGGAUGCUUUCUACAGAGAGCAGGUGGCUCGGCUGGAGGAGAGGAGUGCUCAGUUCUACAAGGUCACCACGGAGAACUACCAUAAAGCUGCCGACCAAGUGAAUGCAAAGUUCAGGCGCUACGACAUGUACCCAGUGUGUUCAGACCUGCAGGGCCAGAUCCUGGCAUGCUACAGAGAGAACGUUGGCAGAACCCUGAACUGCUCCAACAUCGCAGCGCUUUACUUGAAGUGUGUCAACAAUGCUAAACAGAACAAGUUGAGGACCGGCGGUUAAAGAGGAGGGAGAAAAGACAGAGCAAUGAAGAGUUUAUGGUGUGGGAUUACUUCUUAUCGACUGACCGACAGACAGACAGAGCAAACCGGAGUGAAGGAGGCGAGGAGUGAGUCAGCAACGAGACACAAACCCUCAGAAACCCUGUGGAACAAAUAGAGGCACCGAUCACAGCACCCUCAGAGAGACUUAGACGCCCUUGAUUCUUCUCUUCCCUUUUCCUCUCUUACCUCUUGUCUCUCCUAUGAGUAUGCAGGGAAGGCUACGACUUUGUCGGCCAUAUCGGACAGAACUACAGAACCCAGCAGGCCUGAGCUCGGCCCUUAAAGGACAAACAUGAAUGGGAUCAACACCUCAGUAACGGUCCAUCCUUCCUAACUUCAUCCCUUUACAAAAGGUCUAUUUUUCAAUCAAAGUCAGUCCUGUUUUAGUACCAUAAAUCGUUCAUUCCCUGUCCCUUCUGCACUAUCAGUUACACUAAUGCAGUUAGCAUCUGUUUCUUCUUCACAUCUGUUCGUUAGUUAAUAAUGUAACAACCUGCGUGUUCAUCCAGACCAACACUUGUGACAAAUCAGAGGAUAAUAAAGACGACGCCAUGCAGGA